UCCUCGUCAAGGACCCCACCACGAACUUGACCAUCGCGACAACCCGCUUCGAAACAGCAAACCUCUGACCGAUACGACCGAUUUCGAGCCCGGAUCCGAUUGUCACGUACGCGAGAAUAGCAUCUGUCAUCAUGGCUACGCCCAAGACCAAGCAUGACUGGGCCGACGACGAAGACGUCGAGGAGACAUCGACCGAGCUUCCCGCGCCCCAAACCAUCAGCAACAAGGACGGCACCAAGACCAUCAUCACCUUCCGCUACAAUGACCAGGGCAAGAAGGUCAAGAUGACCCGCCGCAUCCGCUACACGACGCACACGGAGAAGGUGAACCCCCGCGUCGCCGAGCGCAAGACGUGGUCCAAGUUCGGCCUCAGCGCCAAGGACCCCGCGGGUCCGGCCCCGGACACGACCUCAGUCGGCGAGAACAUCAUCUUCCGCCCUAGCACGAACUGGCGCAAGGACGAGAAGGAGCAGGGCGAGGACGCCGGCGCCCAGGCCCUCAAGGACAAGCUCAAGGACAAGCAGGUCAAGUGUCGUAUCUGCAACGGCGAGCAUUUCACUGCCCGCUGUCCCUACAAGGACACCAUGGCGCCCGUCGGCGGAGACGCCGCCGAUGUCGCCGCGGGCAUGCCCGACGAGCCGGGUGCGGGCGGCGCCGCGGCGGCCGGUGGCCCUGGCGUUAAGAAGGGCAGUUACGUCCCGCCAGCGCUCAGAGCGGGCGCGGCCGGCGGUGCGGCUGCGGGAGACAGGAUGGGCGGCAGCAAGUACGGCGAGCGGGACGACCUCGCAACGCUGCGUGUCACCAACGUUUCGGAGAUGGCGGAGGAGCAGGAGCUCCGCGACAUGUUCGAGCGCUUCGGCCGCGUCACACGCGUCUUCCUUGCCAAGGACAGGGAGACGGGUCUGGCCAAGGGCUUCGCAUUCAUCAGCUUCGCGGACCGAGGCGAUGCCGUCAAGGCCGCCGCCAAGAUGGACGGUUUCGGUUUCAAGCACUUGAUCUUGAGAGUCGAGUUCGCCAAGAAGGCGGCCUAAGCUGGGAAGCACGUGGUAUUGGGGGUGGUGGUAGAGGUGGUGGUUGCACGGUAACGACGACGGUUCUUUUGAUGCGACUACUGGAGAUACGGCUACGGCAACGGUACAAAAAUUGGCAUCCUAGGGGUACGGUAGUUUAUCUCUUUUUCUCUCCCCCUCUCUCGGGAAUGCAAAGUCAUGAUCUUACGGGAAACUAGACGGUACGCUUGAAAGGGGUUUGUGGGGUGUCGGCGAUGGCUUGGUCGAAGCAGGUCGAGUGCGACGCGUUAGGCCUCCUGAAGAAGCAGACGGGUCUGCAGAGUUUUCAACGUCCUUCUGGUAUCUCUGAUAAAUCUCCCCGGCCUGACUCCUAUUCCGCCCCGCUCUCCCAGUCAAAUCGACGAGUACCAACAGAUAUACAAAGGAAACAAUGGCGAGUUCAUCGGAAAGGCGUACGACAGACGAGCGAGACCUCGACAACACGCCGAACGAAAGAGACCCAAACAUGUCGGCCGGAAAUCGUCUUUCCCAGUGGCUGCUGCAUACGUGCGGUGUGUAUUAUGAGGGGAGUCGGUCUAUAUAUGUUGGCUCCGUCAUCAUUAUGUCGUCCAAGGCCGUGAUAGAUGGGUUUUGUUGUUUCGAGAACAACUACCGAAAGUGUACAGAGACGCAAAGGAAAAAUAGGAAAUAGUAAGGAGCUGAGUAAUGUAAU